CUGUAAUACCACUUAUGGUGAUACAGAUGGCAUUGUAAACAACAACUUCUCAAUGCCCAUUGCGAUUUGCAAAUAGUUUGCGACCCAUCCGCCCCCGCACUUGGCUGUAGCACAUUCAUAGCCACUGAUAAGCUGCUCGUUUCCAGUAAGUAACAUCAGCCACGAUUGCCCCUUACAAGUGUGUGUGCAGUCUUAUACUCUUAUCACUGAGCAUUUGAGCAUACUUCUUAAUCCAAAUUGCUUUUACUAAUGAGUAAUAAGUAAUUACUAUGUAUCAUGAUGAAAAUACAUUGUAGAUUAAUAGAUCUAUACAUUUAUUUUGUCAUGGUAUGUCGCAUGCACAUUUGAUUAUCUUAGCACUUCCUACUUAGUUAUUCGUUCAUGGUAGUGGCCAGUGGGUGCUGUUUGGUGUCUUUAGUGUCAUUCGAGUUUCGGCAAACCGAAUAAUCAACGUUCACGGUUUACUCGGGAAUCCUCAGUCAUGAUCUGCGUUCGCCGAUCGAACAAGUUGUACAGUACUGUCGUGGGUAGUAGCAGCCUAAAGCAAACUCCUAGUCGAUUUUCAUUCCCGGAACGUUUCCGUGGUACGAUUGUCGAACGAUGGAAACAGUACUGGGAGAGCGUGGCGAAGGAUUAUUACGAGUCAACAGUGGGCAUUGGAACGUAUGCGAGAGCCAAUCCGAUAAAAAGCUCGUUGGCGGCGGUAACUGCUAGUUGUAUGUAUUACUGUGCAUCAACCAACCCAGACGAACGUAGUUACAGAUCUGAAAUCCUCGAUUGUGCCAACACUAUGUUGUACAUUUCACCAGCUGUGCGGAACCCAUCCACUGUUGAACAUUUAGAAUAUAUAGAAAAAUGUUAUAAUGUUGGUGUCGUAAAAAGACUGAAUUUGCUUUUGUUUUCAGUCAUUUGGAUUGACGAGUUUAAUGAUGACAUACAAGCUUACAAAGCAAAUUGUAAAUACUUAAAACCUUCAAUAUUUUCAAUACAUCAACGUGCUGUAGAUAUAGGCUUUUUAAAUGUUUGGUGGAGCCUUAAAAAAAUAAUGGUCGACUAUGAUGUGAACCCGGAAGAAUGGAAAGAUUACAAAGAACCAGCGUAAUCCUAUCUAUUAUACUUGUUAUACAAUUUGUUUGUUUAGUUUCUUUGUUGGUGAUACAAUAAAUUAAUCCUUAUUAAGGCUCA